AUGUCUGUGCUCUUGGAUUGGAUGAUCUACAAGUCGAGAACCAGCAUCAUUAAUUGUCGAUCAGAGAUUCAGUAUGAAGAUCCUCUUUCGGAAUUAAAUGAUGAAUGGAAGUUAAACUUUGGCAAGGAUGCAAGGUUAUACAGGAAAGAUAAAGGAGUGAAAGUUGUCAGUACAUAUUCAUCUAGAGAUGCAAAAGAAGAUCUGGGUGCUACAGUUUUGUCAGUUCUACCCCAGUCUUAUGCUCUACUGACCCCCAUCACAGCACUCCCCCCACCCCCGCAAAUAGCCAGAAAUGGAGUCCUGGGGCCAGGAUUAUUUAUCAUGGCUUUCCUGAUGGGUCCUCAAGAAUCCUGGGCUAUCAAAGAUAACACAGAGUUUAUGUUUGACUUCGACGGUGAUGAGAUUUUCCAUGUGGAUAUGGAAAAGAAGGAGACGUGAUGGCUGGAAGAGUUUGGAUGCUUUGAGAGCUUUGAGGCGCAGGGUGCCUUGGCCAACAUAGCUGUGGACAAAGCUAACCUGGACAUCAUGAUAAAGUGCUCCAACCACACCCCAAACACCAAUGUACCUCCAGAGGUGACUGUGCUCUCAAACACUCCUGUGGAACUGGGAGAGCCCAACACCCUCAUCUGCUUCAUUGACAAGUUCUCCCCACCAGUGAUCAAUGUCACGUGGCUUCGAAAUGGAAACUCUGUCACCACAGGAGUGUCCGAGACAGUCUUCCUGCCCAGGGAAGACCACCUUUUCCGCGAGUUCCACUAUCUCCCCUUCCUGCCCUCAGCCAACGAUGUCUAUGACUGUAAGGUGGAGCACUGGGGUUUGGAGGAGCCUCUUCUCAAGUACUGGGAGUUUGAACCACCAACCCCUCUCCCAGAGACAACCAAGAAUGUGGUGUGUGCCCUGGGCCUGGUUGUGGGUUUGGUGGGUAUCAUUGUCGGGACCAUCUUCAUCAUCAAGGGCAUGCGCAAGGCCAAUGCUGGCGAACGCCGAGGGCCUCUGUGA